UUAUUUGAAUAUUUUUCGAUGAGUAUAUGACAGGAAUUUGUGUUCUUAACCAAGUAAACUUAGAAUAUGUCGCUCUUUUGUUUUCUAAGUAAAAUCGUAUCGAAGUUCGAAGAUUUAUAAUUAUUAUAUCUACAAAAUAAUCUUCUCUUAUUAUUAAACAUUGAAAUAAAAUGAGUGAACCAAUUCCAACAAAAGAAAAAUCCAAAAAAAUUGGAGCAAUAAAUAAAGAAGCAAUACAUCGUAUUUGUUCUGGACAGGUUGUAAUCGAUCUCUCAAUUGCUGUAAAAGAAUUAGUUGAAAAUAGUUUAGACAGUGGAGCUACAAUUGUUGAUGUUAAAUUGACAGAUCAUGGAAUAACGUGUAUAACUGUUUCUGAUAAUGGAAGUGGAGUAGAAGAGCAAGAUUUUGAAGGACUAGGUUUAAAACAUCAUACAUCUAAACUUUGUGAGUUUUCUGACUUAACAGAAGUAAGUACAUUUGGAUUUCGUGGUGAAGCUCUAAGUUCGUUAUGUGCGUUAAGUGACCUGAGUAUUGUAACCAGGCAUUCGACAAGUGAACAUGGAUUUAAAUUAGAAUUUGAUAAGAAUGGUUUAUUAAAAAAGAAAGAAAUAUGUGCUCGAGAAAAAGGAACAUCGGUUUAUGUAAAAAAUAUAUUUAAGAAUCUACCAGUUAGAGCAAAAGAAUUUCAUAGAAAUAUAAAAAAGGAAUAUGCACGUACCGUUCAAAUAUUAUACAGUUACUGUUUAAUUUCUGUUAAUGCAAAAAUAACAUGUACAAACACAAUAUCAGGAAAAUCAUCUAAUUUAAUUGUUAGUACGGCAAAUGCAGAUAGCGUUAUUAAAAAUAUUAUUGCCGUGUUCGGUAACAAAUCUAUCGAUAAUUUGGUCCAAAUUGAAUUACAACCACCCGAUGAAGCAACACUGGAAGAAUACAAUCUACCAAAUAAUUCCAAGGUAGACUUUGAUUGGGAAUGUUACGUUAGCAAUAAUAUGCAUACCUGUGGUCGUUCAACUCCUGAUAGACAAUUUUUUUAUGUUAACGGACGUCCGUGCGAUCUUACUAAAAUAAGUAAAUUAAUUAAUCAUAUAUAUCAUAAAUUUAACAAUAAACAAUAUCCCUUUGUAUUUUUAAAUUUAAAAUUAAAUCAAGAAUGUGCUGAUAUUAAUGUAACGCCAGACAAAAGAACUAUUUUGUUCACGCAAGAAAAAAUAAUUUUAGCAUGUAUCAAAUUUAAUCUGACCAAAAAAUGGGAAUUCCUUCAAGGAAAUUUUACCGUCAAAAUGUUAACAGAAAUGAAUUUUGGAUUAAAAAGAGUAGCUUCUACCACCAAUAAUGAUCCACCGGCAAAACGAAUGCAAGUUUUUCAUAGAUCCCAAAAUACUGACAAAAAAUAUGAAAAAGAAACACACGUAGAAACGAAUAAUAUUUUGAAAAAAGAAAACGAAGUUGUAGAAGAAUUGCUAAACGUUGAAAUACCUAUUGAUAUAGAAAAAGUAAAAAAAAUAUUUUAUGAAAAAAAGAAUACUUCCAAGAAUAAUUCUACUAAAAAAAGGAUAUUAAAAUACAAAGCACAGAUAAAAGUUAGUCAGAACAGCGAAGCUGAGGAAGAACUGAAAAAAGAACUUGCCAAAAGUUCGUUUACAAAGAUGAAAGUUAUAGGACAAUUCAAUCUUGGUUUUAUUAUAGUUUUAUUGGAAAACGAUCUUUUCAUAAUAGAUCAGCAUGCUACGGACGAAAAAUUUCGUUUCGAAAAAUUAAGUAAUGAAACAAAACUGAAAACACAAAAAUUAAUUAUUCCGAAACCUUUAAAUUUUUCUUAUUUAAAUGAAACAAUUCUCAUAGAACAUCAAAAAAUAUUCGAAAGUAAUGGCUUUGAAAUUAAAAUUAAUGCUGAAGAACAAAUCGGUAAACGUGUUGAAUUAAUUGGAAUGCCAGUUAGUUUUGGCUGGCAAUUUGGACAAGAAGAUAUAGAAGAAUUAAUUUUUUUAAUUAAAGAAGGAUUAGAAAAUAAAGUUUUUUUUGAAAUCCCUCGUCCAAGUCGAGUUCGGCAAAUGUUAGCAUCAAGGGCAUGUCGUAGUGCAGUUAUGAUUGGUACUGCAUUAAAUAAUACAGAAAUGAUGAAAUUGGUAAUACAAAUGAGUCAAAUGAAAAAUCCUUGGAAUUGUCCACAUGGUAGACCUACAAUACGACAUCUAUUUUCAAUGGCUUUAAUGAAUAGAUAACAUUGAACAAUUGAUUAUCCUAAAAACUA